AUGUUUAUCAACGGUGUCAAGUAUGCUUGCGCCACCUGUAUCAAGGGUCAUCGUUCUUCGCAGUGCAACCAUGGCGAUCGGCCCUUGUUCGAAAUUCGUAGAAAAGGACGUCCUGUGACCCAGUGCUCUUAUUGCAGAGACCUGAGAAAAACCAAGCAGAUCCACAUCAAAUGCGUGUGC